UGCCAUUGCCUUCUCCGAAAUAUAUACCUAUAAGUAAAUUAAAAUGUGUACAGCCUUAACUCGGAACUGCGGGAGUGGCGCGGAGUAUGACGGCUGGGAACGCCCCUUCGCCGCUCCAGGACUGCAGGAGCGGAGCGGCGCGGCCCUGGCGAGGCUUGGCCCUUCCGGGUUGCCGUCCGCCGCCGCCUCCGCCAUUGGUUGGGCUCCAGGCAUCUGACUCGGGCGGCGGGCCUAGUAGGGAGCUUCAAGGAUGGCGGCGUCCGCGGCGCUGAUCCUGCGGGAGAGCCCCAGCAUGAAAAAAGCAGUGUCCCUGAUAAAUGAAAUAGAUAUAGGAAGAUUUCCACGACUGCUCACCCGAAUUCUUCAAAAACUUCACCUGAAGGCUGAAAGUAGUUUCAGUGAAGAAGAGGAAGAAAAACUUCAAGUUGCAUUUUCUCUAGAGAAACAAGAUCUUCACCUAGUUCUUGAAACAAUAUCAUUCAUUUUAGAACAGGCAGUGUAUCACAACGUGAAGCCGGCCGCUUUGCAGCAGCAGUUGGAGAACAUUCAUCUUAGACAAGACAAAGCAGAAGCUUUUGCCAGUGCUUGGUCUUCUAUGGGUCAAGAAACAAUUGAAAAAUUCAGGCAGAGGAUUCUUGCUCCCCACAAGCUCGAGACGGUUGGAUGGCAGCUUAACCUUCAGAUGGCUCACUCUGCCGAAGCAAAACUAAAAUCUCCUCAAGCUGUGCUACAGCUCGGAGUAAGCAAUGAAGAUUCGAAGGGAGAUUGUGAAGGACAGGGAAGCCUGGUAUGCUGCCGUCAAUGGAGUCCCAAAGCAGUGUUGGACACUACUGACCAACUGAACAACAGCAGCAGUUACCCUGCCUUUUCUGGGCUUGAGACCAGUUCCACAUCUGAUUUUAUGAACCAGCAAUGAGACAAUGGCAGUAAAGUUUAAAUCAACAUAUUGAUUCAAUUAAUUGUGCUUCACAUAAGUCACUUAACAGUCAUAUUUGUUAUUCAGUGGUAUGUUUGUCAUAAAGUUAAUAUGUUUCAACAAUUUUUAAGGAUUGUAUUAUUGCUAUUUUUUCAAAUUUGAUUUUAUGAAUAGUGAUACUAUAUAUUACCCCAAACUUUCCUAAGCAAUUGUAGUUGAUCCUUUUUACUCAUGCCUUCUUUUGGUGGGGGGAGCAUAAUUUUUACUUUCAGACAUCUAGUUUUCAUUAUCUUGCAGCUUAUUGAUAAUUAUUCAGUUGUUGAGAUAAUUGAAAAAAAUGCAUUUUAUCUUUUAGUUUAUAAGGAAUCCUUUGAACUUGAAGCAGAAACUGUCUUUUUGAAAUUCACUACAUGGAUUAGGUUUUCUUAAUUAAGCACUGAGUGUCAUAAUAGUAAAUUUUUACCCUUCAGGUAUAAAAAUGACUGAUGUCCCAUUUGUAGACAAUUUAUAUUGAAUUGAAAUGCUGUGAAGUUUUAAAUUUUGUGUGAAUCUCAGAAAAGUUAGCUCUUCUAUUAUACAAGUGAGCAGGUAAGGUUUUUUUGUAUAAUUUUAUUCACCAGAUGGAAGUAGUUUCGUUGAAAAGUUUAAAAAGUAGUCCUGCGUAGGGUAAGACGGAGGCCUGAGCACACCUGUUGAUUUUCCGGUCCCUCCUGAGAUGUCACUGAAAUAGACGCGUAGAAGCACAGAAAGAAUAGAUUGAUGAAGCAAAGAAAAUCAGAGACUCGCUAGUACUUGUUAAGUUUUCAACAAAUGACUGGGAGAAGGAAAGAUGGGAGUGAGAUGACUGAUGAAACAAGCUGUGAGGAGGCUACAGAGGAGGUGAGAGGAAACUGACCAGCCUGUCUGAGCCUGAAAGAGCCCCUGAACUGAGAAUCUGCCAAGUAUGAAGUAGGGCAGGAAGAAGAUAUAGAGCUGAAACAGGAGGAUUAAUCAAAGGUCUGUCCAUGAAACCAGAACAGUUGGCUCCCCUGCUGCACUUCUCAUCCCCAGGCCAGAAACCAGAGCCUCAUCUCAGAAGGAAGGCAAUGAACCAUAUGGGAAGGAGUAAGGUUUCUGUUGUGCAUCUUGGCACUCUACAAGUAAGUCUGCAUUAUUCUGGCCUUUGAGGGACUGCAGCCUCACAAAUGGCUUCCUGCACACUCACUGUAGCUCUAGAGUGAAGCUUGCCUAUGUCCAAACACGCUGAUGUGUCCAGAGCUCGAGUUAAUGGUGCCAAGGAGGCAAGAAGACAGAUGAAAGCUGUUUUCAUUAUUAUGUUUGUCUAUUGUCUCUGAAGCCCUCAUAUUAUUACAAGUGCUUAAAUUUCUAUGUUCUUAUCAUCAUUUUGAUUGUUCAUUGAAUAUUUGUCCGCAGCGUGACAGAUUUUUCACAAAUGGAAGCAGAUUUUAUUUUCAAGAGUAUCUCACUUUUGGUAACUCAGAAAGCUACCAAAAACUGCUUUUUCCUCCCAAGAUGUUUUAAGUUUGCUAAUAUAUUAGUAGGGUAUGAUUUAGGAACAAUUAGUCUUUAUAUUUAAUAAUCUUAGCUUAAAUUUAAUGGUAGCAUAGGCUAACAUUGAUAUUUAAUAAUGUGCACAUAUUAUUCAGAUUUAUUUGGCCUCUUGGGUUAUAUCAUUUUUUUGCCUAUAAGAGAUAUAGAAUGCUUUAUUAAAGCAAUGAGAAAUGUUGAUCUCCUUAAGUGGAAGAGAAGAAUAUAUUUCUUGUCUUUAAAACAUUUAGUAAUGUGAAUUGGGUUGUAGUGUUCAGACAACUGGAGUUAAACUCAAUCUUAAUUUUUCUCAUUUCCUUAAAUUUUCAUGGAUAUGCAUAUGGACUUAUUUUUGUAUUCAUUUUCAGCUAAAUAAAUUAGUCUAACUAUGCAUGACUGAAAUUACCUUCCAUAAAAAUUUCCAAAAGCAUUUGAGAAAUAGCCCAAGGGUGGUUAAGUCUAUCAUAUUUUACUUGAUUUAAAUGUUGUGCCUAAUUUCUGUAUGGAUAUAUGAUCAGAAGAAAGAAUCUCAGACUUAAUGAAAGUUAAUUAUACUGUUGUAAAAGUCCAAAAUGAGCUUGUAUCACUGAAUGAGACUGACCUUGGAGACUAGUGGAAACUUCAAAUGGUAGUUUCCAACUUCCAUUCAUUUUGGAGUUAUUAAGUGUAUGAAAAAUAUAUUAUAGCUGUUCCUGAAGGUCAAUAAACAUGGACAUGGUCAUGCUGAAGUAUAUUUUGGAUAUUGAUUUUAAUCUGUAAUAGACUUUUGUAUUCUGUACUUUGGGUGCUAGAGAAAUUACCAUCCUCAUGCAUUCUCACAACAGUUGAGAUCUGAAAAGUCUUAAUUAAUGGUCCUUAGUUUUAUGUUUCAAGAAGUUGGAGGAUAGGCAUUUCCCCCCCUAUCUUAUUUUGACUUUAGAAACAAGAUACAAACAAGUUCUUUAGAUCUUGUAAAGACCCUUAAUAGGUACUUGAAAAUAUGGCUUGUUACUGUCUACUGAGUAGAAAAAUCUUUUUUCUCCUGUUUAAUAUUUUAAUUCCUGUAUUAACCCAUUCCCAGAUGCCUUGUGCUGUAGAAACAUUUAUUUAUUUUCAUCUGAAAUUUACAAAAGGAAAAUGCACAAGAAGGCAUAUUUUAACAAAACAAGAAAGACAAAACAGCUUUUGACACUUGGCCUGCCCUUAAUGAGUACAUUGCAAGUUGAAGGCUUGUUUAGAUCUUUAAAAUUACCUUUUAUGAGCAUUCUUAGCAGUGGGCCCUCAGCCUGAAAUCAUGGUGCCAGUUUAGGUCUUCAGGUUCUUUUUUGUAAAUACCAGUUCUUUUCAAUAUUAGGUAAAUUUCUUAGGAAGAAAAAUAAGACAUCAAAUUUAUUUACUGAACAAAAUGAAAACCUAUUGUUGUAGAUUCAGGUCAAUUCCAAUUGGAACAUUUUAAGAGAUAGUUUGAAUAUUCUCAUAUAUGGACUGUUUUAACAUAAUGUAACUCAAGCUUCUGUGGUCAUAUGAACUUUGGGAGAAGUAAUUUUCCAAGAAUUAGUACUGAAACUUUCUGAGUUAGAAAUUCAUAAAUCUGAUUUCAUUAUAUGGUUCCAUUCCAUAUAGGACAUUCAAAGCCAUAUAUAACUAUUUUUGUCUAAUUAGUUUUAAAGAGGGUUUAGAACCUUUUGGAACAGUACAGUGGUGAUGUUUACUCACCAGUAAGGACUUAUUGAUGUACAAGUGUGGGUAUAUGUGAAAAAAAGCAAAUUCAUAUUAAAUCUAAAGGCAUAGAAAUUAGAUCCUUUUUUUCUAUUGUCAGGCAUCUCUUUGUGUAAAUGAAUAAAAGGAAUAUUUUGAGAACAUCCAAAAGCUUUUCUCUUACUCUGUGUUCUUAUUCUUUUCUAAAAAUGUCUGGAGUCUUAAUAUAUAUGCUUAUAUUCCUCCCUGACAGUCAUUCUAAAAUACUUUUGUACUUUAAUUUCAGAUUGUUAUUUCUUUUUAACAUUAUGUAUCAAUAAUGAUUUAAAUUUAGUUUUACAAAAUUUAAUUUAGUAAAUUGAGUUUUACAGCUUUUGGACAUUACAGUUUCUUGUAUUUUUACAUGUUCCUCAUUUUUU